CCCUCUCAGCCGCCCCCUCGGCCACCGCCAUGGGCACCGACAACAACCUCACCUCGCUCGCUGGCACCUGGUCCAGCGGCAGCGGCGCAGUCGUCACCGGCCCCGGCUUUGCCGACCCGAUGAACAACAACCGGCCGUUCAUCUACCCGACCAACACGGGCAUCGCCUACUCGUUCACCGACGACGGCUACUUCGAGACGGCGUGGUACCGCUUCCAGGCCAACGCGUCCAAGCCGGCGUGCCCGACGGCCAUGCUCUACUGGCAGCACGGCACCUACUCGGUCAACUCGAACGGCUCGCUGUCGAUGAACCCUCUCCCGUUCGCGUCCGACGGGCGCAUCCAGACCGAGAACCCGUGCACGCCCCAGACGGCCGUCCUCGCAGAGUACGCAGAGUUCGAGAUGUGGGACACGUGGGAGAUCAAGAUCGACUCGCACCACGAGGCCUACUCGCUCCAGGCCGUCAGGGCCGACGUCGGCAAGCUGCCGAGGCUCUUCCUCACGGUUCGCCCGCCGACCAUGCUCCCGACUACGAGCCUGACGGCCGUCUUCAACGGCUCGGUUCCCUUGCUUUAAAGAACCGCCCACCUCUACGCGCGCUUCUCUCUCUCUCUCGACGGACAUUCUCUCUUCCCGGCAUCCCCUUCAUCCCCUUGUUCCCCUGUCUGCUUCUCCCUCCUUCCUCUCUCUCUCUGCACAUGAUCCCGAGCCUGCUGUUUCUGCGAGGAGGACGACGGAGGAGGAGGAGGAGAUACUGUUGUGCGAUAGGGCGGGCGAGAGGGGGGGAGGGAGGGGGUGGCAACCAUGGACGCUUUUCCUGUGU